GGCUGAGGUUGGCCGGGUGCGAUAGCUGCGCGGUUCUGAGUGUGAGGAGCGCAGUGUGUGGGCGAGAAGGGAAAAUAAGGACAACAAUAAUAUAUAGAGGAAGGAAAGGGGACAGGAACCCGGUGCCCGUUGGGGCCGAGGCGCUGAAGACCUGUCUGUAUGAGCGGGGGCUUCCUCUGGCGCCAUCUUGGUUCGGGGUCGUUGUUGCGUAUUUCCCCCUCCUCCCUCCAGUCCAGUUAGGCCUGACCGGGCCGGGGAGCCGCCACAUCUCCAGGUAAGAAGCGGAUCUUAAGCUACAGCAGCAGCAGCAGUGGCAAAACAUGUCGUCCAUCUUGCCUUUCACCCCGCCAGUAGUGAAGCGCCUGCUAGGAUGGAAGAAGUCUGCAAGUGGCAACACAGGAGCAGGUGGCGGUGAGCAGAACGGACAGGAAGAGAAGUGGUGCGAAAAAGCGGUAAAGAGCUUGGUGAAAAAACUGAAGAAAACGGGACAAUUAGACGAGCUUGAGAAGGCGAUCACGACGCAGAACUGCAACACGAAAUGCGUAACGAUACCAAGGUCUCUUGAUGGUCGACUCCAGGUGUCUCACCGUAAAGGAUUGCCGCAUGUUAUCUACUGCAGACUGUGGCGCUGGCCAGACCUGCACAGUCAUCAUGAACUGAAAGCAAUCGAAAAUUGUGAAUAUGCUUUUAACCUUAAAAAAGAUGAAGUUUGUGUCAAUCCUUACCAUUAUCAGAGGGUGGAGACACCAGUUUUACCACCUGUAUUAGUUCCACGGCACACGGAAAUCUUGACAGAGCUGCCACCUCUUGAUGACUACACGCAUUCCAUUCCAGAAAACACUAAUUUUCCUGCAGGGAUUGAACCUCAGAGCAAUUAUAUUCCAGAAACACCACCUCCUGGAUAUAUUAGUGAAGAUGGAGAAACUAGCGAUCAGCAACUUAACCAAAGCAUGGACACAGGGUCACCAGCUGAGCUGUCUCCGAGUACACUUUCUCCAGUCAACCACAAUCUCGAUUUGCAACCUGUCACCUAUUCGGAACCUGCUUUUUGGUGCUCUAUAGCAUACUACGAACUGAAUCAGCGAGUAGGAGAAACUUUCCAUGCAUCGCAACCAUCGCUUACCGUGGACGGCUUUACGGACCCCUCAAACUCUGAAAGGUUCUGCUUAGGUUUACUCUCAAAUGUGAACCGAAAUGCCACGGUGGAAAUGACCAGGCGUCACAUAGGAAGGGGUGUCCGGCUAUAUUACAUCGGUGGAGAGGUGUUUGCAGAGUGCCUAAGUGAUAGUGCUAUUUUUGUUCAGAGUCCAAACUGUAACCAGCGAUAUGGAUGGCAUCCAGCAACUGUAUGUAAGAUUCCUCCAGGAUGCAAUCUGAAGAUUUUCAAUAAUCAAGAGUUUGCAGCUCUCCUCGCUCAGUCUGUGAAUCAAGGCUUUGAAGCAGUUUAUCAGUUAACUCGAAUGUGCACCAUAAGGAUGAGCUUUGUAAAAGGCUGGGGUGCUGAAUACAGGCGACAGACCGUUACAAGCACUCCAUGCUGGAUUGAGCUUCACCUGAAUGGACCUUUGCAGUGGUUGGACAAAGUGUUGACACAGAUGGGAUCCCCUUCAGUCCGCUGCUCAAGCAUGUCCUAAUGGUCUCCUCUUUUUAAUGUAUUACCUGCGGGCGGCAACUGCAGUCCCAGCAACAGACUCAAUACAGCUUGUCUGUCGUAGUAUUUGUGUGUGGUGCCCAUGAACUGUUUACAAUCCAAAAGAGAGGAAAAAAAAAAGCAAAAACAGCACUUGAGAUCCCAUCAACGUAAAGCACCUUGUUGGAUGAUGUUUCUGAUACUCUUAAAGUAGAUCCGUGUAUAAAUGACUCCUUACCUGGGAAAAGGGACUUUUUUUUUUUUUUUUUUUUAAAGGACAUUUAAUAUUGAGCAAAGAGUGUCCGAAUGGUUAAACAAUAAACACGUGUAGUCCCUAUGUACAUGUCCUGUAUAUUGUUACUCUAUUGUGCAGUCCUACAUUUUAGUUGCAGCAAAUAGUGUGCCUGCUUCCUUCUUUUACUUAGUCCUUUCACAAUCCAAACAGAUUAAGUUUUGCCAUUAUUAUUAUUAUUAUUAUUAUUGCCCUCUUAUAUUUGUAUUUUUCUUUUUGACUACUUGCUAUUUUUAUAAGUUGUUCUGAUGAAUGAAGCGCCUGUUUCGCUGAGGUGCCGCUCCUCUCUCCAAAGCAACCGUGAACAUAUCGCCCGAGCCGGUGUUAAUCUGGUAAAAUGGCAGACCUGUUUUUUUUUAUGACCCAGCUCGGAAGUGUAACCGGCAAAGGAGGGGUUAUUUUUUUUUAAGUGCAUGUUAUUGUGAACCCCUGGACACUACAUUUGGAAACCCUAUACAAUAUUUAGAAUUCUGUUCUAUGGAUGUCUGAGGAUAGGGAAAAGGGUUGGUGGUUUAGAAAGGGUACUCUGGCUUUAAUAUGUACAUCUUACUAACCAUUUUGUUCUCCUGCUAACUGUCAAUCUUCUCUAAUUGUGGCAGUUUUGCCUCCCCCCCCUCCCCAAGCUAUAACUUUACACUAGUAGUGUACUUUGUGAGUACAGCUAGUGACUACUCCUUGGCUUUCUGAACAAACAAUAAACCAAUAAAAAACCAAAUGCGGUCAGUGUUAGGAUGUCUCCUCAUUCAGCGAAAUCCCGGAGAAUGUGCGUCUCUGUUAUUACGCCGCGUCGUUUAGAACAUAGAGGCCAUUCCAGAACCAUGUGUCUGAAAGGUAAGCCGUAGGCCAAUACCAGAAAUAAACCGUGACUGGCAAAGCGAUUCAACGUUCGUGAACUAGUUUUACCAGUAGAUUUGUGUAUUGGUAGAACUUGUCAACUAAAGACAUAAGCUUUGUGCGUGUUGCAUUUGCCGAAUAUGUGAAUACGCUAAUAAAAUAUUUCAUUCUC